AUUUGCAAACAUGUAUAACUACAAACUGCCCAUACAUGGUUCGCACACAAAACAACGGAGGAGUGAGCCAUCCCAUUCAUUUCUAAUAUCUUUGCUGCAAGCAGGACUUUUUGUACAGUUUGUUCUAACUGCCGAGCUUUUCUCUACAUUGUGCCUCAAUAUCACUACUCGUUUCUGCUCAGGUAGCACCAGCAGCCAGAUGUUUCAGAUGCUGUGGGUUUCAGAACGGCUAUGGAUAGCUGCCCGAGCAGUUAAUACACACAGACAAACGAUGCUAACGGCUCCCAUUACACUGUGGCCGAAGGCAUGUCACAUUUGACCUGCCCGUUGCUGUGUGACUAGCCUGUCAGCUAAAAUUAGCUAGCUACCGACCGUUAGCUUAAUUGCAGUUGCCUAGGAGAGAUAUGCCCAUAAAGUUAAACUGGCAGUAAAAGAAUAAAAUUACGAAAAUAAAAAAUAACACAGACAGUUCUGAAAACGACCAGGUUUAACUGCCACAGUAUUUACAAAAACAUUUCGGCGGACUUAUCAACUGUUUCCAUCGUCGUUUGCAGAGGGUUAACGGCAGUGGCAGUUGUUGGGAACAUAGCUGCAGUAGCAGCCGGUCAACAGUCAACGAUGCUAUUACUGUUCAGUUCUACACGCCUACUCGGAAGAGGGAAAACUUUGCUCCGUGAUCCGUUUAAUAGGAUUUGCGUCAACAUGUCGUCCUCCUCUCCUUCGGGUAAGAGACUGCGGGUUCUGGUUGACAUGGACGGGGUCUUGGCAGACUUCGAGGGGGGUUUCUUAAAGAAGUACCGGGCCCGGUACCCGGAAGAGCCCUACAUCACCCUGGACGACAGAAGAGGGUUUUGGGUGUCAACGCAGUACGGGCAGCUGAGGAGUGACCUGUGUGACAAAGCCAUCAGUAUCUGGGAGUCCAAAGACUUCUUCAUAGAACUGGAGCCGCUGCCAGGAGGAGUGGAGGCAGUCAAGGAGAUGGCCAAGAUGGAUAACACAGAUGUCUUUAUCUGCACCAGUCCUAUCCAACAUUACAAGCACUGCCCGUAUGAGAAGUAUGCCUGGGUAGAGAAGCAUUUUGGCCAUGACUUUCUGGAGCGGGUAAUCCUGACCAGAGACAAGACUGUAAUCUCCGGAGACCUCCUGAUAGACGACAAGCCUGACAUUCUAGGCGUGGAGCCCAAACCAACGUGGGAGCACAUCCUGUUCACCGCCUGCCACAACAAGCAUCUUCCCCUCAGCCCCCCGCAGAGACGACUCCUGUCCUGGUCGGACGACUGGAGGGCCAUCCUGGACAGCAAAAGGCAGUGAGGGAACUCCUUCACCCACGAGCACCAGCUGCCCCGGCUUCCUGGUUAGUGGACGAGUUUAUGGAGGAGGCGGGGGUGCAAGGGGGGGGUUCACCGGAGACAACGUCAUCACGUCAUGGGUGUCGGGGCUCGGCUGGCAGGAGGAUAGGAAGGAAGGAAGGAGGGUAAAAUAUUGAAAAGGGGGUAUGUUCAGCCACAUUCACAAUAUCAUAAAGGUUGGAUUUUUUUCACUCUGCUGGGGAUGGACAUUCUUGUUCAACCACAAGGGGGCACUCUGAGACUGAGUGUGACAGGAACCACUUUCCCCCAACUUCACUGAAGAAACUGUGACAGCAGAACAUUCAAUUUAAAAUGGUCAGUCUAAUCGGACACAUUGAAGUUGUUGGGAGCUGCUCUGUGUCUGCAUAAUAUUUUUGGGAAAUGUAUUGUUAGGAUAUUUUUUUUUCUCUUCCUCAUUAAACUCAGGAUUUUAUUUUGGAAACACUGGGGCUGUUUAUCUAUGGUCUUGAUGAUAUGAUGAUAAUCAUUUUAUUUCAGUUAACAGAGAUGAAAGAAACAAUUAUUCACCACAAUUUGCCACCGUAUCUAAC